AUGACUAAGAAUAUUCGCAAAAGUCUUGCUGAUACCAUGGAGUAUGAGCAUGUUGAGAUGCCCAAUGGGAUCCAUGCAUUGGUUAUAUCUGAUCCGUCUCUUGACAAGUGCAGUUGUGCUGUCUCUGUAAAGGUUGGGGCAUUUGACAACCCUGAGUCUGCACAAGGGCUUGCACACUUCCUGGAACACAUGCUGUUUAUGGGUACUGAGAAAUACCCUGACGAAGAGGGCUUUAGCAAGUUCCUCGCCAGAAAUAAUGGAGGAUAUAAUGCAACGACCUAUGGAGAAGUGACCAUAUACUAUUUUGAUGUUGCGCCAAAGGCCUUUGAAGAGGGAGUCGACAGACUUGCAGACUUCUUCAAGGCACCGUUACUAAAGAAAAACUCUGUCGAAAGAGAAGUGUCUGCAGUCCACUCCGAGUUCUGCAAUGGGCUUAAUGUCGAUGACUGGAGGAUCUGGAGGAUGAUGGCAAGAUGCUGUAAGAAGGAGCUCCCCAUAUCCAAGUUCAGUACCGGAAACUAUGACACGCUGAGGAGAGAAGGGAUAUGGGAGGAGAUGAAGGAUUUCUGGAGGAAGAAGUAUUCGUGUGACAAGAUGUGUGUUGUGAUUUACGGAAACAAGAGCCCUUCCGAGUUGAAGAAGCUGUUGAAGAAGUUUGAGGGAGUUCCCAAGGGAUUGGAAGAAAAGGAAUGCAGUGGGAAGAACAUGGGAUCUGAGCUUGAAGAAGGGUGGAGUGUGUUUGAUACUGAAUAUACAAAUAGAUGGAUAAGAGUAGAGCCGAUUGCUGACACAAAGUCCAUUGUAGUUACCAUAACUGUUGAGUCUGGAUACAAGGUUUUUAGGAACAACCCAUAUGAAUGUAUUACUGAAAUGAUUCUUAGGGAUGACCCAAGAGGGUUUGCUUGUAAAGUGAAGGAUAAGGGGCUUGCAUUGGAUGUUGAAUGUGAAAACGCUAACUACACAGACUACUCGUUGAUCAUAAUAACUGUGCAUCUGUCUGUUGUUGGGAGCAAAAGACCAAAGGACGUGGUUUUGGAGCUUGUAAAGUAUAUCCAAGGGAUGAAUAUCACUGAAAGUGAGUAUGAAGAGCUUAAGAAGCGAUCUAGGUAUCUAUUCAAGUACGAGGAGAAUGAUGAGCCUAUGUAUCAAACACAGAAAAUUGCAAAGAGAAUGCAGUUCUAUCCCAUUGAGAAUGUCCUUGAUAAGGAUUACUGUUUUGAGAGAUUUGAUGAAAAUGAGAUGAAGAGAAUAAUCAAGAGAAUGGGAAGCUUUUCUGAGUGGCUUGUAUUCCAUGUUGCAAAAGACGCGGGGGUAUUUGAUAUGUGUGAGGAGAUAUAUGGAGUGAGAUUCGGAUUGGGAGAUAAAAUACUUGAAGCAAAGGACAUUAAGGGUGAGCCUUUGGAGAAAGUGGAUAGUGUGGAAUGGAAAGAAGGGGAGAUGGCAAGUUCCGAGAAUGGGUCUGAUAUUAUUUCGAAAGAGUUUCCAGGUGGAAAGAUCAACUACUUGUUUAACGACACCUAUAAAGUUCCAAAGGUAUUUAUUGGAUAUUUGAUAAGAACAGAGAACAUCAGUAAGGAGAGUAGGGUUGAUAUGAUGUUUCUUGCUGAGAAUGCAAAGAGCCAGUUCUUUAAGAAACAUGGUGGAUAUCUAUAUGGAACCGGGGUGGAUGUUUCUGUUCGAAUAGAGCACUACGGGAUUGAGAUCCGCAUUGAAUGCUUCAACCAUAUGAGUGUCGAAGUAUCUCAGAAGUUUUUUGAUAUACUGUUUGGAGACCCUGAUCAGUCCCGUAAGGAUCUGAUCAAAGAGAAGAUUCGGAACGAACUGGAGAUAAUGAGAAACAGCAGUCCCUACAGACGGUGUGAUGAAGGAAUGAGAUGGAUGAAAGUUCCAGACCAUAUGAUGGCUGAAGAGAUGAUGGAGAAGCUACAUUCUGUAGAUACGAGGUGCAAGAUGAGCCGAAAGUUCUUCCUCGAGAUGUUUGCAAUUGGAAACAUUGAGUACUCUGAUGCAGAGAAGAUAUUCAACCAUGUUCUGUCUAAGCAGGUAGAGGUAUAUAACUACAAAAGAAAGGGACUUCUUGAUGGGAGGUAUAAGUGUGAUGUAAAGACAAGCGAUAAGGUGAAUAAUGCAUGCACUGUAAACUAUUAUUGCGGGAAGUAUGGAAACCAUGUAGAUGCAGCAAUGACACACCUUGUACAUCAGUCGUGUAUGGCCAUGUUCUUUGAUGAUCUCCGAACCAAAGAAGAGCUUGGAUAUGUGGUGGCCUCCAGGGUUAUGCAUCUUGAUGAUGAGCAGUAUAUAGUAUUUCUUGUGCAAAGUGAGAAGGAUGUAGACUUCCUGGAAAAGAGAAUAAGAAAGUUCGUUGAGGACCUGGAUGGAUACUACAAGGAGAUGAGUGAAGAGCAGUUCGAAGAGUUCAAGAGUGGUGUUAUUUCAUUCUUCAAGGAAAAAAAGAAGAAUUUCGAGAUCUACAGCACCGACAUGUGGGGCAAGUAUCUGAGAGGAGUAGUAGACCUGAAGUAUGAAGACAAAGCUGUUGAUGCGGUCAGUAAGAUUUCCAAGAAGGAUCUGUCUAUAGGCAAGGUGUUUGGGCCAGCGUAUGUUUCUAGGGUAUUUGCUCAUUAA